UCAGUAUUUACCUCCUGGCCCAACAGAUCGAUGUAGCAUUGCAAAUGGAAGCAGCGUCUAUAACAGUUCCGGAUCAUGGUAUAAUGAUACAAUUGGUACAACGAUUGCUUUCGAACCCAAGGAUCAGGAGUUAACUGGCAUCCAGUAUUUGUACAGUAUUUCUUACCAGCUUUAUUCUGCUAUGGGAAUACUGAUUGCCGUGGUUGUAGGUCUUGUAGUGAGUUGGACAACAGGUGGUGAAAAGGGAAGACAUGUAGAUGAGUUAUACACUUUCCAAUUCUGUGAUGCACUCUGUUGUUGUUGUCCCUCCAGUGUAAAAAAUACACGCUGUGGGUGUCGAGACGAUAACAUCGCAAAACAGAAAAAUGGAAACGUUGAAAUGGAUGUGGGUGUGUUCCGAGACAAGAAGUUCCAACACAUAAACACUGCUUACGUGGAUGACAAUGGAAAUGCUACUAAACAAGAUGGAUACUAGAAUUUUGUUAAGGCGAGGAUGAAAAUGACAUGACACUUAUCAAAAUAUCUGGGGAUGUCACUACUUCCAUCUUUAAAUAACAUUUGAAACAGUUAUCAUAUAGCCUCUAACAUUUAUUCUCCGGGACAUUUAUGAACAUUUAUGAACAACGAUGCAACGUAUAUUUCAUCAAUAUAUCAAAUAUGAAUGACAUAUUAAGAGGAAAUAAUUAUUAUAGUGACUUACUCCUUAUAUUCAACUACAAAACAAUUUUUGAAUGUGUAAUUGUAAAAAUGAUUUGAAAAAAGAACGAUUAGAGUACUAUAUAAAAUGUCAGACAUUAUGUAUAUAUUUAUCUUGAAAGUGCUAUUAUGGAAUAAAUGGACCAGAAUUUUCCAUUGGUGGUCUUAUGGCUCUUAUCGAUCUC